CAGACGGCUCUCUGGGAACUGCCACUCCUGGCUGGACAGCAAACCAGGAAAUGCCCUAUCCUUUUAUGAGGAAAAACACCCUUGGGGACAGAGCACCAUGGGAAACCAGCUCUGCUGUGGGGGAAGCUGAAGACAUUUAUCUUAGGUGGGUCUUGGCACCACCCACUUCAGGUAGGAACUGUCCAUCAUCCUUCCACAAGAAAAAGAAAAGAGGGAGCAAAGCAAGAGGAAGAACAGAAAAGCAGAAGAGCACAAAGGGCCAGGAGACAAUGGGACAUACCUAUGAGCUGGUGUCGGAAUUGCCCAGGUCUGGAGAGGGGAAUCGAGGCCCUCAGUCAGAGGACAGCAGCUUGCAUUAUGCAGACAUCCAAGUGUGCAGCCGUACCCAGCCAAGAUCUGCCCAGGAGGUGAAGCACCUACAAAUAGAGAAUGCCACUGAAUAUGCGACCAUUAGAUUUCCCCAGGCCACACCCCACUAUGACAGCAAAAAUGGCACCCUUGUGUAAGCCCCAGAGUGUGAAACACUGUGGAACAGAGAACACAGGGCAGUGUCUAUACUGUAUCAGCAGAGGACAUAAGUCCUACACUUCUAUGAGAAAUAAUCUGAUGCUGUUGGGGACUAGGGGGCAGCCCCUCUUUCUUUGUCAGUUUCAAAGUGUCUCUGGGAUCCCUAGAGUUUUAAGACCAGUCUCCCUUUCCUGGGUCUGUCCAUACACUUUAAGAACAAAGCUAUGCUGGUAUCAGAAACCCAAAGGUCGGAUGAAUCUCCUCAAAGCAGGCCGGGCUAGGCUCAAUUUCCAGGAUUGAUAAGGCUGGUCCCAGGCUCCCAGGGAAAAGACAAAAAAUGUUGGUAACUCUAUAAGCAAAUGGACAAAAGCCUGACUUCCACCUGGGGGUAAUUUGAUCUAGAAGAAACUCCAGAGGCCCCCAAAACAAUCAACCCCUGAAGAUACUGCUUCCUGGGGCUCAGGUUUUCCCUCCAAGGGAAAGCAUAGUGUUUGUGCCCAUUCUGAAACGAACAACCCCAGUUCAUCUAAUCGUGGAAAGUGGACACAGAAGCUCUUCCCUUGGGCCACAGUUCCCAUUCUUACGAGAGGCGAUCCUAGAGUGGGAAGGGGUGCAUCUCUAGGGAGAAGAGCCGGGAGUGGGGCCCUUGGUGGUAGCUGGAGGUUCCAGAGGGUCUCUCAGGCUGUCCUGGGGAGUAGGUGCCUCCUUUGCAAAGCCCAGUUCGGGCUAAAGGUCAGCCCUGCCUGUAAGGAGAAAGGAAAUGUGUGGGGUGAAUAAACUGAUGUGGAAA